GCGCGUAACGCCCUCUUCCCGGAAACAUGCUCCAUCACAUCCCCUCUGUCGUGUGUGAGUGGGGGUUGUCGGCAGGCUGUCAGAUGAGGACGUAGGUUUACAGUUUUAGUACAUUUCUUCUCAUUUUAUGGCAUGUAGAUAUCAGAAAGCACAGAGUGACAAUGCAGAUCCUCACCCCGCAUGUUUACUGGGCUCAGCGGCACUCAGAGAUCUUCCUCCGGGUGGACCUGAGCGAUGCAAAGGAUCUCGACAUCAGUGUACAAGAAAACAACACACUUCAGUUCAAAGCACAGGGCCAUGGAGCUAAAGGAGAUAAUGAAUACCAGUUCAGUCUGGAGUUUCGGGAACCUGUUAGAACUGAGAUCAACCAUAAGUCCACCCAGCGUCAGGUGGACAUCAAGAUCAGGAAGCAGGAGGAGCGCUGGUGGGACCGGCUGACUCUGCAGGAGAAGAAGCCUCUGUUUCUGGCUCCAGACUUCGACCGCUGGCUGGACGAGUCGGACGCCGAGAUGGAGCUUCAGGCUAAGGAGGAAGAGAAAAUAAACAAGAUAAGUGUGGAGUCGAGAGUUCGUAAAGACCCGUACCUUGGGCUGAAGAGGGGCUACUUGUUUAUGUACAACCUGGUGCAGUUCCUGGGAUUCUCCUGGAUCUUCGUCAACAUGACCGUUCGACUCUUCAUUCUUGGUCAAGACUCGUUCUAUGAUACCUUCCACACCACGGCCGACAUGAUGUAUUUCUGUCAGAUGAUGGCCGUGCUCGAGGUCAUCAACCCCUUGCUGGGUCUGGUUAAGACUGGAUUCUUUCCUGCUAUGAUACAGGUGGCAGGGAGGAACGUCAUUCUGUUUGUGAUCUUCGGCAGUCUGGAGGAGAUGCAGAACAAACCUGUGGUGUUCUUCGUCUUCUACCUGUGGAGCACCAUCGAGAUCUUCAGGUACCCGUUCUACAUGCUGGCCUGCAUCAGCACAGAGUGGAAGCUGUUGACGUGGUUGAGGUACAGCCUCUGGAUCCCUCUGUACCCGCUGGGGGUCUUGGCUGAAGCGGUGGCCGUGAUCCAGUCCCUGGCCAUCUUUGAUGAGACGCGUCUGUUCAGCGUCCCCCUCCCCGCGCUGCUGGGAGGCUCCCUGAGCUUCUCCUACACUCUGCAGAUCUACCUGGUCCUCAUGUUCCUAGGACUCUUCAUCAAUUUCCGGCACCUGUACAAGCAGAGGAGGAGACGAUUCCGCUCGAGGAAAAGGAAAGUCCAAUAACUCAUCAGCCUGUUUUUAAAACACCCUGAACUGCCGUCCUGUUAAAGAUUAAGCAGAAGGUUUAUUUUCCUCAAUUGCCUUUCUCAUCUUCUACACACAUACACUGACCUGAAGGAGGACUUUUCCCCUUAAUCCUCCAAUGGGUGAACUUUCCCCAGACCACGUCCUGUUUAUCCUUCUUUAACAGCUGCACAACACACAUCACCUGAAAAAACUGUACAUCCAGUGCUUUACUAGUAGUGUGUUUAUUCUCUUAAAAAAUGUCAUAUUUAUCAAGAUGUGUGUCUGCAGUGGGACAUGGAGUCCUCUGUUCCACAGUUAGAGUGGUUAAAGAAAACUCUUUCUGGGAAGGCUCGGGCAGAUUUGCCCUUUUUGUUUUAUUUAUUGCUUUAGGAUUAUUUAUUAAAUGGUGGUCUUUGUUGGAUCAAAACUCAUAAUGUUUUUAGAUAUCUUUUAACCCAUGGAAGAAAAAUCACUGAUCCAUCAUCGGUGAUGUAAGGUAGAUAAGCUACAACACCAUGGCUCUUGAGAAAUGGUCAGAUGUGUUUUCCAAACACUGAGGCUUGUUUGUCUCAGUCAGUCAUUCACGGCUUUGAAUAUUAAAAAAGCCAUGCAAAUCUAUCUUUUCAUGAAACACACAAUCCUUCCUGGCCUUUACACUAGUUUUAUUGGCAACCUAUACAACGAUUAAGCUUCUACUUUGUGACCUACAAGGAGGACAUGGGAUUGACAAAUUAUGAUUGAAGUAUUGUUUGUUGGCUUUUUAUGGUAAACGCUAAAAAAUCACGCUAAACAUACAAAUGGCAAAAUAGGAGAAUGUUUAUUUGAGGAUGAAGUUGAAGGGCUAAAUAAAAAGGUUAUCUUUUUAUAACUUGACAAAUGCUUGUAGUACUUUAUGCCAGUUCUAAAUUGACAGCACCUCCAGAGUCUAGUUUUAUCUUCUUUAAAGCACCAUGUCAACAUUUUAAAAAUGGGCAACAUUGGACACCCGUGGUCAUUUGAAUAAAUCCAACAAUCUGCCAUGUGGACACUGACAUGUAUAGAAGGAACACAACAAGCACACACUGUUUUCUCUGUAAGUAUACACAGUUGAUGGUAUGGUCAGUGUGCCAAUUAAUGCAAAUAUAUGUUUCUACCAUCAGAAGCUUACACUACAAUCAUAGAAAUUCAACCUUUUGUUGUUCUUUGAACUGUGGAUGUUUCGGUCAAGUGACAAUUCUCUUAAGAAUUCUGUUAGGAGAACAAAAUUAAACUCUUGGCCAGGUCACUCUUGGAAAAGAGAUUUUAAUCUCAAUGAAUCUUUUACCUGGUUAAAUAAAGGAUGAACUCCAGAUGCACCAAACAUCCUUUACAAUCCAAAUCUGCUCUUACCCAGGUGUGACGAAUGACAAAUCUCACUGGAUCUUAAAUUGGAGAAGUGUGGCAGAUGGUUUAUUAUUAGCACUGACGCUUCACACUAAAGAGGGGGGCAGGUGUUAUUCUACUGUGAAACUGAGUGAAGAAGCUGAGCACAGGCAAUAUUGUUGAAGGAUAUGACAUCAUCAACAAUGAACCGUCCACUUCCUGUUCCACCCAAUCUGUUUACCCUUAGACUUUCCAUUUGUUUUGGAUUUAUUUGUGUUUAUUCAAGUUGUUGAUUUUGUUUGUUUGUUUCAGUUUUUUUUUUUGUUUUUUUUUAAUGGUGUUUGGGAAAGAUGUGUACUUGUCAUAAAGCUUGAUUUAGACAUUAUUUGCAUUUCAAAAGUCUUUAGGUAGGGACAUUCAGACUAACGCUGCAUUGUGUUCACAAAUAUGGUUUCCUGCCUAAAAUAAACAUCAGUUUUCUAAAUUUG